CUUCUCCACCGCUUCAAAAUACGCAAUAGCGAUCCCUGUCAAAAUCCAGUGUUUUUCUAGCAAACCCUAUCUGUACUCUCAUGACGUCCGCCACAGCCGGAAAAGCCGCCGCCGCCGCCAAGCCUAAGAAAGCCGCCGCUCCUAAGAAGGCUCGCGCUCAUCCUCCUUAUGUUGAGAUGAUUUCUGAGGCGAUUGCGGCGUUGAAGGAGAGGACCGGUUCAAGUCAAGUGGCGAUUGCGAAGUUUAUCGAGGAGAAACAGGAGGAAUUGCCGCCAAACUUCAGGAAGCUCUUGCUGGUUCAGCUAAAGAAGCUCGUCGCGUCGGGGAAGCUCACGAAGGUGAAGAACUCGUUCAAGCUCGCCGGAACAGCCAAGACUGCUGUCGUCGCCGCCAAGCCCAAGGCCGCGGCAGAGCCAAAGAAGAAGACCGCUGCCGCCGCCGCCAAGCCGAAAGCUGCGGCUGCAAAGAAAGUGCUUGUGGAAAAGCCUAAGAAGAAGGUUUCAACCCCGUCUAAAGCUAAAAAGACUGCGGCCAAAGCCAAACCUGCCAAGAGAACUCCGGUGAAGAAGGUGGCUCUGUCUAAAGUAAAGUCGCCGGUGAAGAAGCCCAAGAGUAUCAAGUCGCCGGCGAAGAAGGCGAGGAAAUGAAGAAAUGAAAUUGGCGAAAAAGGCGUUAGCUUUAGGCUCUGAUAACAUAGUUUGUUUUAGGGUUUGUAAAUUAUCUAAUGUUUGAGAUGGUGACUAUAUAGUUUCAGUGUAAUCCCUUUUCUUCUUCUUCUUCCUUUUUGGCCAUUGAUAUUCAUAGGUGUUGCUUUUCUGUAGUUUGGUUUGUUCUAUGUAAUAUAAAGCUUGAAAGGUUUAAAGA